AUGACUAAUAAUUCUAUCAGAUUUGGGAAUAUAUCUUCUGCUUUUGUCAGUGAAGAUGUUAGUUCUGGCUCUUCAAAUGAAAACCGACCUCAAGCUCCACAAACUAUCAAUCCCGAUUACAUCACUUUACCCACUGCAUAUAAACUGAAUGGUCAAAACUAUAAUCUUUGGUCUCACUCUAUUUCAAUCUUCAUUGGAGGAAAGGGUAAAGAAGACUACUUGUCUAUUAAUCUUGUUCAACCCGAUGAUAAAAGCCCUACCUACAAAAAGUGGAAAGCAGAAAACAACAUGGUUAUGUCGUGGCUCCUAAAUUCUAUGACUCCUGAAAUAGGUGAACAAUUUAUGUUUUACAAAACUACAUCAGAAAUUUGGGAAGCGGCUCGUGAUACGUUUUCAAACCAAGACAACACUUCUGCAUUAUUUGAAAUCAAAGGGCUUCUCCAUGAUCUCGUCAGGGAGAGUCAACUGUAA